AUGCUCCUGCUCGAUGUCGACGCAGAUGGCGUUAUGGAGGCUAUCCGCUAUGGAACCUCCGGUCUUCCGCUGCUCCACACCCAGACCUCGUCGGCUCCACCGUACUUUACCGGCCCGGGCACUCCGCUCGGCGGCUUUGUCACCAUCAACGCCAACGCGCUCAUCCAUGUGCCCGCAACCGCCGGGGACGUCAAUGGCGAUGGCCAUGUCGACUUUGUCCAGGUCGACUCGAGUGCGCGCAACAUCGUUUGGUUCGCAAAUGAUGGCGCCGGUACCUUUUCUGGCCCCUUUGACUUUUCGCCGGACACCUCGUACACCGGCUCCGACAGAAUCCGCCGCAUCAUCAUUGCUGACGCAGACGGAGACGGCGAUGCUGACAUUGUCUUCUUUUGCGAAGACGAGGGCUGGGGCUGGCUGAGAAACAACGGCAUCGCCACUGACGCCACUCUCAUCGUCGUCGACUCGGAUGACUACUUUGACGGCGACGUCGGUGACGUCAACGGCGAUGGCCUGCCGGACGUCAUCGCCACCCGUCGCGGUGGCUCGACUCGCAUCUAUCUCUCCGACGGAAGCGCGCCUGGUAUUGCCGGCGGCAUCGAUGCCUCCCUCAACUUUUGGCGCUACUCGCCGCAGCUCGUCGACCUCGACUUUGACUCGGACCUCGAUCUGCUCGAGACAAACUCGGCCGACGUUGCCAACGUCUUCAUCAACCCGGGCUCUGGCCUCUUCAACACCGUCCCGGAAAUCCGCGUUGUUACAGACACCCCCAACCGCCCGCGGCUGGUCGGCCCCGUCGACCUCAAUGGUGACGGCCUGUGGGACCCGGUUGUCGGCGGCUACGACGGCAGCGCCGGCCUCUACUACGCUGACUCGCGCUCGGCCUCGGGCAAGGACUAUGCCCCGACCGUCCAAGCCUCGUCCACUCAGACCUCGGCCGUUUUUCUCACAGACCUCGGCGGUGACGGCGUCCGCGACUUGGUCUCCAACAACGGCGUCGCAUGGCCGGCUGCCGGCGUCGGCGACUUUCCGCUCUCGUCGCUCGACUCGCCCUUCGCCUCCUCGCUUGCCCCGAUUGUCGUCGCAGACUUGACCGGCGAUGCCUUUCUCGACGUCGUUGUCGGCGCCGCCGAACCGGGCAACCCGCUCGUUCUCUGGGCCAACAAUCUGGCUUCUGGCUUUGUCUCGGGUGGCGCCAUCACCGUCCUCGCAACCUCCCCCGGUUACUCAGUCGGUCUGCUCGCCCUCGAUGCCACCGGCGACACUCUCCUCGAUCUCGUCGCUGUCUUCAACUCGUCGUCAGACCUGUACAUCGCCGCCAAUCUCGGCGAGGGCCGCUUUGACGCUGCUGUCCCACUCAUCGUCCCCGUCCCCGCCCUCGCCGGACCUCCACGCGGCCUGGUUGGUUGCUCCGCCAAUGCAGACAUCAAUCCCGACAUUGCCCUCUUUUCAGACACAACUCUCGUCGUCGUCUUUGGCCCCGACUUUGCUGCCUCGGUUACACUCACUACCUCGGCCACAGACAUCACUGCUGUCGUCGCCGCUCCCUUCACCGCACACUCCCGCCUCGCUAGCUACUCGACGCCAUCCCACUUUGUCUAUGCCGAUGCUGCCGCCUCCACGCUCUUCUACGUCGCCGCCUCCGGCCCGGGCACCUUUGAUCCCCCGAUCCCGAUAGCCAGCACCGCAGGCCUCGCAGCCGGCGUCUCCGCCCUUGCGUACGGCCGCCUCUCCGGCGAGGACGAGUCUCUCGAUCUGACAUUUGCCACCCUGGCCGGCAGCGUGUACGUUGUCAACAACCCGGACGCGACCGCCACCUUUCCCUCGGCUCCCGUCAGCUACACACUCGCCGGCUCGCUGCCCAUCACGUGCCUCGUCGCUCUCGACAUCUCCUCCGACGGCCGAAGCGACCUCAUCGUCUCGUCCGCUUCUGUCACGCAGGUCUGGCUCAAUGCCCGUGAUGGCACCGUCUUUGGCACACGCGUCGCCGUCGGCGGCGCUGUCAGCGGCCGCUUCGCCCUCGCCGUCGCCGACCUCAACUACGAUGGCUACUACGAUGUGCUCCUCGCCCACGACGCAGGCAUCUCGCUUCACAAGCAACGCCCGGGCUUUGCUACCCCGACGGUCUCCUCGGCCCCGGUCACUCUCGACGCCCUCCCCGAGUGCGCCGGAGUCUUCCAGACCAUGACCUGCGUUGCUGCUGCCCUCGCUCGCUUCUCGCCCUGCACUCGCAACGCCGUCAUCGACAUCGGCCCACUCGCUAUCACCGGAUGCGUUCCGCCGCUUGCCCACACCCCGCCGCUCGCAGUCGUCGGCAAGCGCGUCUCCAUCGUCUCCUCCCACGGUGCCCGCUUCGAUUGCCGCACCGCAGGUGGCGGCACUCUAUUUGCUCUCCGCGACGGUGGCGCUCUCACUCUCGAUGGCGUCUCCAUCUACGGCACCUCACAGGCUCACUUUUCGCUCCCAUACCCAUCAGGCAUCUUCGUCGGCUCCUCCGCCGUCCUCACCCUCCGCAACGCUACUGUGGCCGAGUGCUCAAACGCAGAAGCCGCUCCGCAGCAGGCGCUCGCCGGUCAUGGCGGUGCACUCACCCUCCACUCUGGCGCCGUUGUCGACCUCGUCCACGUCGUCUUCCGCGCCAACACUGCCGCCUCGUCCGGCGGCGCCCUCGCCGUCUCUGGCUCCGCCGCUCUCCAUCUCGAUUCGGUCACUUUUGACGCCAACACUGCGCUCGGCGCCUUUGGCUCCGGCAUCGGCGGCGGCGCCAUCGCCAUCUCUGGCUUUGACGUCUCCCUCGCCAUCACCGCCUCGACGUUUUCCGCUAACCUCGCAACCGCGAGCUCUGGCGGUGCCCUCUCCCUGGCGCUCACUGGCUCUGCCAACACGCUCCGCGUCACAAACUCGACCCUACUCGGCAACACUGCCGGCGGUAUGGGCGGUGGCGUCGCGCUCGUCGGCCUCGCCACCCUCGACAUCGUGAGCUCGUCGCUUGAUGGAAACUCGGCCGUCUGGGGUGGCGCUAUUGCUGCCACGCGCACCGCCCUGGUCCUCUCGGCCCGCUCCAUGUAUGGCACCGAUAGUACUGCUCCCGGUGGUCGUGUUGCCCUUCUCAACACCGGCAUUGCAAACUCGUUUGCAGACUACGGCGGCACCUUUUUUGCCUGCGAGUCGACCAUCGAUGCCGAGCACGCUGUGAUCACCGGCUCCUCCCACGCCGCCGUGGGUGGCGGCUUUGCCUUUUUCUGCUUUCCCCACAACGACGCCUGGCUCGCCGACCCACUGACGGCCUCACCCUCGCCGCCCACCACUGCGGGCUAUGGUCCGAAUCGCGCCACCUCGACAGCAUCGCUCGCUCUCGAACUCCCAGUGCCGUCAUCAGUCAUGUCAGGCGUCGCUUUUGGUGCCGGCGCUGUCGCCGUCUAUGACGGCUACGGUGCGCUAGUCCGCGACAACUCCAUCGCCCUCGCCCCGACCGUCGACCAGCCCACCGUCUUUGCCGCUGCCGGCAUCGCGGGUGCGCUCAUCGACCCCGCCACCGGUCAAAUCGCCCUCACCAAUCUUGCUGUCACUGCCGUAGUGUGGACUGAAGCGCUGUGGGACGCCGGCGAUCCGCUCGUCGCCAUCGAGCUGCGCCGCGCCGGCACCUUUGCCCCGCCCGCGCUUUCGCUCGCCGUCGCCGUCGCCCAGUGCGGACCAAACUACGGCUCAAACUCUCUGUCGGACGCGCCGCUCCUCUGCGUCCGCUGUCCGCCGUUCACCUUUUCGUCCAACACCUCGACCGCGGCGUGCACCCCGGUCCCGACAUGCGACAGUGGUGAGGACUUUGUCGACGGCGCAUGCUCGUCCUGCCCGGCAAACACCGUCAGAUCCGUCCACAACGUCACUGGUGAGCUCAGCGUCUGCGUUUGUGACCUGGGCUUCUGGACACCGACCGCUGCUCCCGACGUCGCCUGCCUCGAGUGUCCGGCUGGUGCAACCUGCGCUGGCCGCUCUUCGCUCCCUGUUGCCCGCCCGGAAUGGUAUCCCACUGGCCCGCCAACCUCGGGCAAGUUUGCCCGCUGCCCGGUGCCCGAGGCCUGCCUCGGCGCCGGCUCCUGCGCCGCCUCGUACGUGGCCGACUCGUUCAUGUGCAAGGACUGUGCUCGCGGCUUUUACCGCCGUCAGGAUCGGACCUGCCGCCCGUGCCCGGGCUCGUCGACCGCGCUCUUCUUUGUCCUCGUCAUCAUUGUCAUCAUUGGCUCCAUCGUCGCCUUUGCCGCCGUUCUCUUCACUGCCGUCCACAUCUUUUCCGGCGCCGACACCGUCUUUGGUGAGGGCGACGUGAGCGAGACUGCUUUUGCCGCGCGCCACAAGCUGGUGCCUCACGCCGUCACCGUCACCCUUAUCUUCCUACAAGUCCUCGGCAUCCUGGCCUCGGCUCCGUUCAACUGGCCGACCCCGCCUAUCAAGCAAAUCCUCGAGGCCGCCAAUGUCGCCAACGUCGACCUCUCCAUCUUUGCCACAGACUGUACCCUCUCGUCGUUUGUGGCCCGCUACUCGCUCUCGCUCGCCCUUCCCGCUGCCAUGAUCGUCACCAUCGCCGCCAUGAUUGCCAUCGUCAAGCUAGUUCCGCACCUCUGCGCCUUCCGCAAGCUCGCCAUCAUCGCCGCCGUCCCCACGCGCGCCAUUGCCGAGCGCCUCCUCUUCACCUUUGGCCCCAUCAUGUACAUCCCGCUCUGCCGCGCCACCCUCGUCUACUUUGACUGCACGCAGCUGCCCGACGGCGGCUACUACCUCGAUGCCGAGCUCUCCGAAGCCUGCUUCUCGCCCUCGUGGUGGCGCUACCUCCCGCUCGCCAUCGCCGGCUUUGUCGUCUACGUUCUCUUCAUGCCCACCUACUUUGCCGCCAUGCUCUACCGCUCGCGCAACUCGCUCGAAGACCCCACAACCCUCCUCCGCUUUGGCUCCAUCUACAACACCUACCGCCGCCACUACUACUGGUACGAGGUGGCCCUCCUCGUGCAGCGGCUCUUUAUCGUUGUCGCCUCGCUCUUCUUCUCCAACAUCACCGUAUGGCUCUUCUCCGGCCUCAUGACCGUCUUCCUUGCUUUCCUCAUUCACCAGCUCCGCGCCUACCCGUUCUACGCCCCUGCCCAUAACCGGCUCGAGACGAGACUCAACAUCUGCAUCGUCGCUCUCAUUCUCUGUGGCAUCCUCUUCUGGGCCGACGACUGGCCAAACCGCGCCUCGUUCUGGGUCGUCGUUGGCGUCGCCGUUGCCGUCAUCGUCACCGCCGUCAUCUUCCUCGCGUCGUCCGCCAUCGCCGAAGUCUCCGAGCGCCUCCGCAAGCCCUCGAGCUCUGGCCACACUCUUACUGCCGCCCAUGACGUCAUGCUCGUCUCUAUGCUCAACGCCCACUAUGCUGACGUCUCCAGCCCGUCGCUCAAGACCGCGCUCAGCUCGGUCGUCUCGGGCCGCGGCGCAGCCUUGGUCGCGUCCGCAGCCUCAUCGUCGUCGUCCGCAUCCUCCGCCUUGGGCGACGAGGUUGUCGUCACCAUCUCACCCGCCAUCCUUGGCUCGUCGAGCUCGUCAAUGCUAGACUCACGCGCCGACCACCGCGAUGCGAGCGGCCUGACCUCGGACGACUCGCUCACUUGCAUGGCUCGCUCCUCGCCGGGCCUCGCCCUCAUGGCCCGCGGCGGCCGCCGCGACUCGAACGGGUCUGAGCCGCCCUCGCCCAAGACCGCCGACCUUAUGGCCCGCGUCCGCAAGCCAGCCUCGUCACGUUCGGCUGCCACGAGCCGCAGCCUCGCCUCGAACGAACGCUCGGCGUCUCAGCCGCGCCGCGGCUCGCGCACCGCCCGCAACUCGCCCAUCAUCCGCGCCCUCCACAACCAGCAACCAUCCCGCGACCGCCAAGGCUCCGACCCGCCGCUACCCACGCCCAAGCUCAAAACCUCGCACUCGGCCCAUCUCCUCCCGGUCCGCCGCGCCUCACACGCCUCGGUCUCGCCGGUCCGCCACCGUAACAAUAUGUUGUGGCACCUGACGCUUGCGCUCCUCCUCGCGUCCGUGCUCUGGGCGCCACCGGUGACUGCCGCUUGUCCGCACGCAAGCGUUACGAACCGGUGGUCGACCAACCCGCCAGCCGGUAGCUCGCCGUCGAUCACCACCACCAUUCUGCUGGACACCUCGGUGAGUCUCUCUUCGUUGCGUAUUCGCAAUGGUGGUACGGUCAUUCUGGACAACACCGCCAUGAACAUCGACAUCAACCACAUCCGCAUCGACUCGGGCGGCGCCCUCAUUGGCGGCUCGCCCGACUGUCGCCUCACGGCAGACAUUGGCAUUGGCACACACACCGGCGGCACGCUCGAGCUCCAUGGCUCGUCGCCUGCUCGGACAUGGACCCGCCUUGCCGCCACCGCGCCGGCCGGGCGGACCUACGUCGACCUCGAGGCCUCGGCGUCAGGCUGGAACCCGGGCGACGAGAUUGUCAUUGUCACCACUGACUUUUACGCCGACCAGACCGAGGUCCGCACCAUCACUUCGCGGUCAAACGGGAACCGCCGGCUGCACUUUGCCACCCCGCUCGCGCACAUGCACUACGGCGACGGCUACGAGGUCGGCGAGGUUGGCCUCCUCUCGCGCAACAUCAAGAUCCAAGGCGACGCCUCGUCUGAGUCCUCCGAGUUUGGCGUCCAGAUCAUCCACAACGAGGCCACCGUCCGCCUCACUGCAGUCGAGAUCACCCGCGCCGGCCAGCGCAACUUUCUCGGCCGCUACCCGGUCCACUUUCACCUCUCGCAGGAUGUCACCGCCCUCGGCUCGUACAUCCGCGACUCGUCUAUCCACCGCUCGUACCAGCGGUGCAUCGUGCUCCACGACACCCGCUCGCUCACUGUCGACGGCAACGUCUGCUACGACAUUGUCGGCCACGCCAUCUUUCUUGAGGACGGGCCCGAGACCGACAACGUCAUCACCAACAACCUGGUCGUCACUGGCCGUGACGGCUCGCUCCUUCCACACGACAACAAGCCGUCGGGCAUCUGGCUCGCGAACGCUCAGAACACCGUCGAGAACUGCGCCGUCGCCGGCUUUGACACCGGUAUCUGGGUCGCCCUCUCCGAGCGGGUCAUCGGCCUCUCCCAGGCCAAGUACGCCUCCUCCGACAUCUACCCGCGCCAGAUGCCGCUGACCUCGCUCCGCUCCUGCACCGUCCACUCGUGCCGCGACGGCCUCAUGUUCGACUUUGGCCCGCGGCCCGACAACUCGAUCGAGCAGGCGGUGUUCAAGCCACGGCCCGGUCCGUGGGACGCGUCGUCAUACUCGACCCGCUCCAUGGUCGACACCGUCAUCUCAGACAUUGUCGCCUACAAGUGCACCAACCUCGGCAUCUGGUCGCGCGGCCGCCGCUUCCGCUUUCUCCGCCCAGUCAUUGCCAACUGCAAGGCUGGCGUCAACGUUGUCGGCUCGUUCAACAUCAUCGAGGACCUCCUCGCCUUUGAGAACACGCCCAACGUCGGCGAGCCGCGGACUCCACUCGAGAUCUCCGCCGGCCGCUCCCUCGCCUCGCCGUCGUCGACCUCAGAGCCUGUCGCCGCCUUUCAGCAGUACGACAACGACGGGCCGGCCUACCUCGACGGCUUCCGUGCCGUUGGCUACACCUCGGAUGCCUUCCGCCCAGCCGGCGCCGUGAGCCAGCACAUUUGCGCGCCCAACUCGCACACUGCGAGCAACAAGAUCCGCGGUCGCGGCAACCUCGGCCCAGUCCUCGACAACUCGCAGCCGGCCUUUAUCAAGUUCUGCUCGCCCAUCUCCGAAAACGCCGUCCGCAUGGCCGUCCGCGACGUCGACGGCACCCUCACCGGCCACGUCGGCGGCUGGAUUUUCACCGACGAGCCGCUUAUCCGAGCCAACAUGCCCUCAACCGGCUGCGUCUCGCACCCUGACUGGGGCUCAGACGGUGGCCUCCGCGUCUGUCCCUCGUUCCCGGGUGGUGUCGCUUCGCUCCGCAUCGAUAACGAGAACGUGCCCGGUACAAACUACGGCUCCAACACCGACCACGUCCGCGGCACCUUUUACGCGCUCUCCAACGGCGCUGCCGGCAUCACCACUGGAGACGGCCGCGGCAUCGACCCGCGGGAGUACAAACUCAAUGUUGUGCCGCGCCGCGCCUAUGCCAUGCGCUUCCCGCACAACACUCCGCCUUUCCUUCGCCCGUACCACCACUACGCGCCUGACCUCUCGUGGUACACCGUCGCCUUCCCCUACCCGACCGGGACCACUUUUACCAUCACACGCUCUGGAACAGCUAUGCCUGCCGCGGCAUCGCGCGCCCAGCUCUCCUACGACAACCCAUGGAUCUUUGAGGGCCGCUGGCUGCACGUGUUUGUGCAGGAGAUUGGCGACGCGAACUGGGACCUGUUUGGCUUUACCACGUCCGAGGGCACCGCCUCGAUUGACAUCCAGGCGUCGUGCGGUGGCAAUUGCGCCGCCGGCAACCCAGCGCUGCCGGCAGACAUGCCGUGGUCGUACGACACCUACCGCGGCGACCUCCAGGCCUGCCAGGCCGGCUCAUCUUCGACGGCUUCAGGUACCGCCUGGUUUGAGUACUUUCCGGCGCUCGGCACCGUCCACUGGAACAUCGAGACCUCGCUGGUCGGCAUCACGUCAGCGGUCAUCCGCGAGCGCGGCAACCCGAGCAACAUCAUCCGCGACCUCGGCACGCUCGCUGCACCGUGGGAAGGUGGCCUCCAGCUCGCCUGGGUCCAGCACGAGUCGCUGUGGGCCGGUGAGUACGAGGUUGCGCUCUCGACUGCGGCACAUAGCCCGGCCCUAGUUGCCCGCAUCGGAUGCCACGACGGCUCGUGCUCGGCGCCGACCUCCACGCCCGAGCCGGCGGUUCCGUGCGGCGACGGUGACCUCACCUUUUACAAGGACGGCGAUACCGAGCCCGGCUGCGUCGACUCUUCGUACGGCCCGUACGACGCCGACGAAAACAAGGGCUACUCGGCCGACGAGCGGUGCGGCACCUCGUCGUACUACUACAAGUUUGGCGAGUCCUCGUGCCUCCGCUUCACCGCCAACUCGCCCAACACCUACAGCAUCCCCUCCAGCUCGCGGUACUUUCAGUUCUGGAUGCGGCGCGUUGACACCAACCCGACCGCCGUCAAGAUCUUUGCCGACGUUCGCUACACCGACGGCUCCCGCUUCGGCAAGGUCUGGCUCGAUGCUUCACACUUUCACAACGGUGCCGUGACGCGCGAGGCAUGGACCCUGGUCCGCAUCCCGCUCACCGAGCUCGGCUUUGCCGCCUCGGGUGCUCGCUCCGCCAACCGCUUCUUCCUCUGCUCCACUGGCUUUUCCGGGUCCGCGCCCAACCUCUUCCAGUCGUACCUCCUAGAUCAGGUCGGCAUCUACUCGCACAUCCCCGACACCACUGGAGGCACCUCCAAGUCGAUGUACCGAGUUGGCAACAUCUGCACUCCGGCCCCGACUCCGGCCCCGACUCCGGCCCCCACCCCGGCCCCGACUCCGGCCCCGACUCCGGCCCCGACUCCGGCCCCGACUCCGGCCCCGACUCCGGCCCCGACUCCGGCCCCGACUCCGGCCCCGACUCCGGCCCCCACCCCGGCCCCGACUCCAUCGCCCACGCCAGGCCCAACCCCGGCCCCGACUCCAUCGCCCACGCCAGGCCCAACCCCAGCUCCCACUCCCGGUCCAACCCCGGCCCCCACCCCGGCCCCCACCCCGGCCCCCACUCCAGGCCCAACCCCGGCCCCCACCCCGGCCCCCACUCCAGGCCCGACUCCAUCUCCCACCCCGGCCCCCACCCCGGCCCCCGGAUCACCGCCCGCCACCAACACCUGCGUGGCCAAAAUGGUGCACUCGGUCUCGUACUCGGGCACGCUGGUGCAGGUCGGUGACCGCGCGAACCCGACGUCACCCGUUUUUGUCCGCAUAGCGCUCGGCGAGAUGACUGGGCCGAUGACCGUUGCCGCAGUGCCGGACGCGCCCGGUGCGCGGCUGACAAUCAGGACCGGUAACUCGGGCGCCGUCGACCUCGGUGCGGCGUCGGCGUCGGCCGGCGGCCAGCAGGUCUCGUACACUGUGCUGGAGACCCGCGCGCUGUCGGAGAUGUAUGUGUGGAUCGACACCUCGGUGGCGACGUCAGUCGCAUUCAUGGCGAUCGAGGGCAACCAGGAUGCGCUCGACGCGUCGGUUGCGGCGUCCAACACGCCGUCGCCGCCGUCAUCGUCAGGCAUCGGCGGCCUGUCAAUGUGGAUUUUCAUCGCCGCUGGCGCAGGCGUCGUCGUCCUCGUCGCCGCCGUUGUCAUCGUCCUCGUCGUUCGCCGGCGCAACGCCGAUGCCACAGACUUUUUCGACUCGUUUGCCACCACCGCGGCCCAGCCCGGUACCGAGCUCUCGGUCAUCAUGGCCAGCGACAGCUCGAUGGUGACCAAGCCCGGCCUCGACACCUACGACUCGUACGAUCCAGCGCCAGCAACGCUCAGCACCGACGUCGGCGCUGCCGCCGCCGCCGAGGCCGCUCGCGUCGUCCUCGAAGUUGUUGUCGCUCGCUAUCCCUUCCACGGCUCGUCGGCCGACGAGCUCUCCUUUGCCCGCGGCGACAAGCUCUCCAUCUUUGCCAUCUACGACGACGGCUGGGCGCUCGGUGCCCUCGCCACUGGCGCCGAAGGCGUCUUCCCCUACAACUACACCGAGCCCAUCCCGGCCCGCCCCGUACCCGCUCAGCCGCGGCUGUAAAUGUCCCCCCGCCCUCC